AUGCUUCCAGCACAGAGGAACAAGGUCGAUAUCAGCUCUCUUUCUGAGGAAGAGCAGAAGCUUUUCCGCCUCUACGGUAAACUUCCUUCCAAGAAAGAUGUAUUAAGCAACAGACUCAAGGAACGUAAAUAUUUUGAUUCGGGGGAUUAUGCGCUCUCGAAAGCCGGACGAGCGUCCGAUGUAGGCGUCACCCAGAUUGGAUCAAAGCACCCUCUUCCUGAGAAUAUUCCACACGCACACAAUACAACAGGCUCGUCUGCCGUCACACCAUCGGGCUCCAUCAGCAGUGGGAACUCUGGAGCGCCAGUUCGAGAAGGUCUCCUCCAAAAGAAAUCAACGAGCCCAGAACCGGAAGGCGAAGUGGCGGUCCAGGAACACGGAGAAGAUGGCGAAACUCCUGCUGUGGAGCCAAAGGAGGUGGAAGACCCCAAGGAUAGCAAGAUUCCACUGAAAUGGCGUUCACAGAGUUAG